AUGACUGGGACUGCCCAACAAAGCACCAACAAUGCAGAUCAACCGGAUCCAACGGAUAAGCAAAACUGGAACUACGCCCUACGAAGCGGUCUAGCUGGAGGUAUAGCAGGAUGUGCCGUGAGUAUGACAAAGGCCUCCCCGAAAGAACAGACCCUGAUCUCCAAGCCAAGGCAAAAACAGUCGUUGCGCCAGUAG